AUGGAGACCCUCGUGUCGUCCUAUCUGUCGAAGAAGCUGCCUUCAGGAUCGAAGAAGUCUCUAUCGGAUAGUCUGGAAACGGCUAGCAGAGUUCAAGGCCUGCUUUCGGAAGACAUCGUCUUCGAGAAGAGCGGACCGCAGAGCGAUCCGUGGUUGAAAACGAUGGAAUCUCUGCGUACAGCUGACUGCUUCAAUAACGGCAAAAAUGGCUCCUCGGAGAAAAUCUCCAUCGGCUUCUUCAGUGUCCCACAGAAAGCUCAGAAACGUUUCAGCGACCACGAGAAUGACGGUCCCCAGGUGAUUCUGCGGAAUUCAGGCAGCAGAGCCCAGGUGGGUCUCAGUAAUGUCGGAAACACCUGUUACUUCAACUCCAUGCUGCAGUGUUUGACCAACUGCAAGCCUUUCUACAACUAUAUCCGGAGCGAGGCUCAUGAUAAAAACGUUUGUCGACGGAAUGAUGGUUGCGUGCUAUGUCUCUUGAAGAACUUUUGCGUGAACCACAUCCCCGUGAAUCCUUCGCAAAAAGUAAUCAGCGGCACAAUCCUACGGGAACUCCUGGUCAAAAUGCGAACAGCCGUUCGUCGUUGGAAGAUACACGCGCAACAAUCAGCCGAUGAGAUUAUGAGCUACAUGAUGGAUUCCAUGUGGGAGCGAGAGAUGCAAUAUUAUUCUUGUAAACAAAACCAAACACCAAUUUUCAACAUUUUCGGAACAGUCGUCGAGCAGCAGUAUGCUUGUUCUUUGUGUGGGAAAGCGUCUGUCGUCAAAAUGAUCGAGCCCACGAUAAUUCUCGGUUUGAUAAAUGGGGACCGCCGCUCGGUUCAAGACCGUCUCAGAGUCGAGUAUGGACUAGCGGAAACGUUAACUGAGCCGAAGGACACGUGCAAUGGAUGCGGGCGAGCUCGGACGCCUCGGCCGACGAUGAAGCGCGUCCUGAGAGAUCUCCCAAUGGUUCUCGUGGUCAUGCUGAAACGAUUCUACGUGAUGGACGGCAUCUCGCAUAAGAUCAACCAAUUUGUGCAAUUCCCUGAGACGCUAGAUCUUCGUCCCUGUAUGGAUCCGUUGACGAAAAACCAAAACUCGCUUUACAAGCUCACCGGUGUGGUCGAACAUUGGGGCAAAUCGGUGACGGAUGGGCAUUACGUCGCGUAUUGCAAAAACUAUUGCAAUUUGCGAAAAACCGAGGGAUGGUUCUACCUGAAUGACACGUUGGUUCGACCCAUAGACCUGAAGGAGGUACUCCAGAAGCACGCUUAUCUGCUGUUCUAUACCUCACAAAAUCAAGCGAUACGAACGAUAAGACUCCCCACGAAGGUCGCGAACCCGAGUCCGAUUAUUUCGGCGAGUGCUCCGCAGAACAAAAUGCGAAAGACAUCCACCGAAGCAUUGUCGACCAUCUCGCCUCCUUCUACAAUCUCGAAGUACCAGACGAACGGCACCCCGAAAGGAACGCCGCGAAAGUUGGACCUCGAACUGCCAAGGUUGGAGCCCACCGGCGGCAACGAGCCCGGGUGCAGCGGUUACAGCAGCAGUGCCGCUACCGAUGCGAAGGAUGAACUCUCAAAUGGGAAGCAGCAAUUAGCUACGCUGCCGACAAAAGCAGCCACGUCACCUGUUCCGGCGACGAGCCCAACGUCGACCCCAGCUCUGCCUACUCCGGCAACUGGUACAUCGGAUACGACUAAGAGAAGCACGGACGUCGGGGAUGCCGAUAUUGUUAGUAACGAGCCGCACAAAGCAACAACAGUUCGUUCGAAGUCGUUCAGUCUUCUUUUGGAUGGGAACGGAAAUUCCCAUAAGAAACACCGGGAGAAGAAUGGGAAGAAAUCGAUUUUCACCAACCUGGGGUCGAAGCUGAUCAUGCUGAAAAACUUGCCGCCUGAUCAGAGCGAAUUCCAGAAGAGUUUGGUUCCCUACGAGAGCAGUGACGACGACGAAGAUGAAGCCGAAGAAAUCGUGUCGAACAGAACUGUUCCGCCUCAAAAUGGGCCCAUGAAUAAUGGGUCACGCUUCUCGAGCUCGUUGACCUGGGUCGUGGACAAACUCAACGACGCCCCAUCCGUCACUUCGAACUCGUCCCAGAACAGCAAUGUUCACGGCACGAGCCCGGGUUGGACAGUCUCGUCAACCGACCCCUCUCGAGCGACAAGUCCGCACGGAGCUUCGUCUCCAGCACCGACAGCGCAAGCCGGCAGCAGUAAGGGCACAGCGAAAACUCAGCGUUCCCCAAAAGUUUCCACUGUGUCAUAUUGUCCGAAGAUGCCCCCAGCCCUCCAGAAGGAAGAACUUCGCAGAAAAGAGGAACAACGUUCUAAGGGGCUCGCAUCCCCGGGGCCGGCCACGGCUGCCGCACGCUCUUCGUCGCACGGUUCCGAAUCGGCUCGGAAUCAACAUAAACACAGCACAAGCUCAUCGAGCAAAAUUUCCCAGGAAAGAACUUAUACGAAUGGAACGUCCGAAUCCCGAUCCUUCACUGAGAAGGCAUCAGUAGCCGCACAACAGAGGGCAUACCCGUUGGAUAGAAGCAGAAAUUCCGAUGUUUCCACCAACGGAAACUACUCCGGUGGCGAGACACAGCACAGCGAUGUCCCUCAAAACGGUGCAUCAAAUGGUUUCACUUAUUGGGGAGCUUCAAUCGAUUCUUCAAAAUCCAGGACGGAGAGAGACGAAUACGACGAGGAUCUCGACCGAGGUCGCCAGAAAAAGAUGAAGCACAGACAUCCGUGGAAGGGCGGUGACCGCAGGGCUGAGAACCCAUUCCAGCGCGAACAGGAUAUGCGAUAUAAGGCUCACGGUGGUGGUUCCAUCAUGCAUAAGAAAUCAUUCAAAGAUUCGAAGCAUCCGUCGAAAUUCAAGAAUCGUUUUCAUAAGUGGGGCAAUAGCCACAGCGUGAACAACGAUCACAACGGCAAUUAUCACCAGAACGGCAAGCAUCACUGGAGGUUCAAUUCGAAAGGGAGAUACGAGAAGAAUUCGAGCUAUGAUCGGUAG